AUGGUUCCAAUGGGAUUUAAAUUCUGCCCUACCGAUGAAGAGCUUAUCCAAAUCCUGAUAGAGAAAGUAUCUGGGAAUGUAACGGCGCCGUUUGAUUUCAUUGUUGAAAGAAAUAUUUAUAAAUUAGAGCCGCAAGAUCUUCAAUGGAUUCAAAGCCCGGCCUUAAAAGAUAACGAAAGGUAUUACUACUGUAAGAGGGAGAGUGAUUCGAGAGAGGUUUCGGGUCGAGGAUGGUGGAAGGCCACCAGUCAUGUCAAGACAAUUUCUGCUAAUGGAAGAGUGGAGGGUUACAAAAGGCCCUUAACAUUUCACAGGUUUGGGGAUAACGAAAGAAAGCGCAAAGGUGCGAUCAAGACUGACUGGAUCAUGCAUGAAUAUGGCCUCCACUCUAUUCCAACGGACUGGAGACUCUGUAAGAUUAAGUACAAAGGAAAAGAAAGGCUUGAAGAAGACACGGAAAAUAUCAGAAACAGGUCUUGUCCAAUUAGUUUAGAAGCUACAGGUGGCUGUAUUAGUUCCAUAAAUCCCAUGCAGGUGGAUCAGUUUGCUUUUAAGGAACAGCAGCUGCAGCCGCAUCCAUUGCUGUCGCCAUUAACCCUUAUUAACAAUGAUUAUGAAAAUUAUUUUGGGUCAAACUCAAACUCAAACAUGAGAUUUGAAACAUCGAUUGGUGAGCAGGAGCAGCAGCAGGAAAUGGAGCCCAUCUCCUCAUUUGAUCCAAGUUGGAUGCCACUGAUGGCUACACCAAGCCACGUUGCAUCCCAACAACACAACCAAUCGGCUGAGACCAGGGAAGCUCACUCUCCAUUUCCAGACCUGUGGUCCAGCUGGGAGAAUUGGCAUUGA